UAGCUAACCAAUCUGCAGAGCAGCUCUAGCCAGAUGAGAUCCUAUUUAUAGUCUCUUGAAGUAGAAUAACAUAUCGCCUGGUUUUUAGUGCCUGUUCUUUCAGAAAAGUUGAAUUUAGGUGUACACGAAUCUGGGAUUUCUUUGAGAAGCACAUCAUGCACUUGGUCUGGUCUUACCUGCUGCUGCUGAUUUUGGGAGCACAUACUGAUUGCCAUCAAUGCUCAGUGAAUGGGACCACAAGGAUUUUUUCCUGCCUUGAUACUGCAGUGCACGAGAUGUCCUGGGACAUUCCAAGCAACACCACACAUGUGUUAAUUAAGCAGACAAAGUUGAAAUCGUUUCCAAGCGAUGUCUUUUCAGGACUCAAUGGACUAUCCAGCAUUAUGAUUUCGGAAAAUGGAGCAUUGGAAGAGAUUGGGGCUAAUGUUUUUGCAAAUCUUUUACGGCUAUAUGAAAUAAGGAUAGAGAACUCAAAAAACCUUGCUACCAUUGACAGAGAUGCUUUUCAGAAUCUCCCGAAUUUAAAAUACUUAACCAUAUCAAAUACCGGUCUCAAUUCUUUACCAGAUCUUUCAAAGAUUAAUUCCAGACAACCUGGCUUUCUAUUGGACCUUCAAGAUAAUCUAAACAUACAAGUUAUCCCUACAAAUGCAUUUCUAGGACUGAGCAAUAGCUACAUAACUGAACUACGCCUGCCAAAGAAUGGGAUUAAUGAAAUGCAAAGAUUUGCGUUUAAUGACACAAAACUGGAGAAACUAAUUCUCAUGGGUAAUCCGCUUGAAAAGGUCCACAGCAAAGCUUUUCUGGGAGUAGAAGGUCUGGUAGUUCUGGAUAUUUCCAAUACAAAAAUCAGCACUAUUCCAGAGAAUAUGCUAAUGAAUAUUAAAAGACUCACUGCUACCUCUACUUACAAUUUAAAAAAGCUGCCAAACUUGGAUAGCCUUACUGAACUGAUUGAAGCCAACCUGACCUACGCCAGCCACUGUUGUGCCUUUGCAAACUGGAAGAAAAAUCAAUCGGCGAAAGACCCGAUGUGCAAUAUGUCUCAAAUCAACUACGACGAACCCAACUGGUACAAUGAAUACUGCAAGGAGGUGACUGAAGUCGCUUGCUCUCCCAAGCCGGAUGCCUUCAAUCCAUGUGAAGAUAUUAUGGGAUACAUUUAUUUGAGAGUCCUAAUCUGGCUUAUAAGCAUCAUGGCCAUUACUGGAAAUUUUGCUGUGAUUGCUGUGCUGCUCACAAGCAGAUACAAACUCACUGUACCCCGUUACCUGAUGUGCAACCUGGCCUUUGCAGACCUGUGCAUGGGGAUAUACUUGCUAUUGAUAGCUUCAGUGGACAGUCAUACCAAAUCCCAGUAUUAUAACUAUGGGAUAAGCUGGCAGACUGGGCCUGGGUGCAGCAUUGCAGGUUUCUUUACAGUUUUUGCCAGCGAGUUCUCGGUGUACACUUUGACAGUGAUCACACUGGAAAGAUGGCACACAAUCACAUAUGCCAUGCAGCUGGAGAGAAAGGUUCGUCUACGGCAUGCCUUGGCCAUGAUGAUUGGCGGUUUGGUCUUCUCUUUCAUCAUAGCCCUCCUUCCCAUCCUCGGGGUCAGCAGCUAUAUGAAGGUCAGCAUCUGCUUGCCGAUGGACAUUGAGUCUCUGGUCUCUCAGUCUUACAUUGUGUUCACGCUGCUGCUGAAUGUGAUAGCAUUCAUUGCCAUCUGUGUCUGCUAUGUAAGAAUCUACCUGACGGUAAGAAACCCAAACUUCAUCUCCAGAGACAGCGACACAAGGAUCGCCAAGCGCAUGGCCAUCCUGAUCUUCACUGACUUCCUCUGCAUUGCGCCUAUCUCCUUCUUCGCAGUCUCGGCCUCCCUGAAGGUGCCCCUUAUCACCGUCACUGAUUCCAAAGUCUUACUGGUGCUCUUUUACCCCAUCAACUCCUGCUGCAAUCCCUUUCUCUACGCCUUCUUCACCAAAACCUUUAAAAGAGACUUCUUCAUUCUCAUGAGCAAAUUCGGGUGUUGUAAAAUGCAGGCCCGGAUAUACAGAACCGAGACAUCUUCUGUUCACAACUCCCAUAAUAGAAAUGGAACUCCCAAAACUAGCGAAGGCACCCUUUACUCCCUGGUGUCCCUACAUCACUCCCAUUGACUAUAUAUACUGUAUGUACAGUAUGCAGCUAUAGCCAAAAGUUU